UGUAUGCAUCUCGCUCGGUGCGUUACUAUGACAGUCGUGCUAUUUGGCAGGAUUGAAACAGAUCGUUGCAAGAGUCCUAAUGCACAUCUGACACAUGAUUGUGACCGUCGCUACUCUGAUCAAAGUGCGCUUGUGCCAUCUGCCUUGAAAGUUGAAGCCCCAAAUUUCUUCUCUUCUCACUACUCACUACGCAUGGUGUUCUUGCCACACAUUCGUGACAUACUAUCGCAUCUCCAUCGAUAGUACUUGGGAUGGCCGCUCUCCGGAACUUUAUUCUCAUCCUGCGUUGAUUUGUGCAAUAUAUAAAUAAAUAUAUCACUGGUCACCAGCACCCAUAAGUCGUUUUCUCUAUUAGUCGUCGCAACAGCUCACGUACGAGACAUCACGGUACCCUUCAAC